AAAUAGAAGACGAAAGCGAAACUUUGUUCAGUUGUUAUAACGAAUUAUUUCCAUUGGAUUAAUAAUUAUUACACUUUCUUAUUAAGAAAUUGUAAAUAAUACGUUUUAAAGUAUAACAGUGCAUGAUGGCAAACUUAAAGUCAGACCUGGAUCAAUAUCUACUUCAAAACGAAAGCCGUCGAAGUUACAAAAUUAGUUUACCAUUCUCAACUCCUAGUUUCUUCUCACGAAGCAAUGACGAAUCUCCCACAAGUACCAGCUCAACCGCAACUUGGUUCGAAAACGUACAAAAAGAAUAUUUUACCCUAACUCGAACACAACGGUUUCUUGGUUUCGGUAUAUGUUUAUUCUUGGGUAUACUAUGCUUUACAUUAUCAUUCUUUUAUAUACCACUUCUGCUACUGCAAGCCAGAAAAUUUGCCCUUUUAUUCUCAUUGGGCAGUCUCUUCUUUAUAAUGAGUUUCAGUUUUCUCUAUGGUCCUUGGGCCCAUGUGAAGUCUCUAUUCUCAAAGGAAAGGGCUUUGACAACAUCUCUCUAUGGUUUUACAUUAAUAGCCACAUUAUACUGUGCACUACAUCUACAGAGCACACCAUUGACAGUAAUUUUUGCAGUUGCCCAAGUCCUCGCCCUAAUGUGGAUGAUGCUAGGCUCUAUACCCGGUGGCUCAUCCGGAAUGAGGUUCUUCGGUAGCAUGUUCAAAUCAUCUGUGUCAAACACCUUGCCCAUUUAACAGAUAAUUAAAUGCAUUUGACUGCAAAUAUUAUCUAAGUAUAGGUUGAAUUUGUAAUUUAAAAUUGUAUCCAAUGGUUUUUUUAGUUACAAUUAAAUUAAUUGAAAUACAAUUGCCUUAUUAUAUAUAAGUAUUCUUAGAUUUUUUACCAGUAAUGUUAUCACAAGUAACCUUUUUUAAUGUGUUAUCUUUUGAAUAGUUUUCAUACUUAAAUGUCCUUAUUUUAUUUAAAAACUCAAUUAAAACUAUUGUUAUUAAAUUUGACUAUUAACUUAUAACUUUGACAAAUUUAUUUUAUUUUGUGUAAUACACUGCUAUAUUAGGUUCAUUUCAAAUUAUGUAUUAGAAAAUUAAAAUAAUCUAUUUAAUUUAUUCACAGAACCUUUGUUAUUUGAAGAAAUUUUGUUAUUUGAAGCUACAAUGGAUUUUUAUUUAUAUAAAAAUGGAGUUUAUUGCCAGCAUGUCUUUGGUAUUUUAAUUAUUCCGUCUAAUUCAUAUUUUGUAGCUUUGACUGGUAUUCAUUAUUUUUCAAAAUACAAAAAGGGGCCUUAAAUAAAAUCUCAUAGAUGUGUUCAUUGUUAUUGUUUAAAUGCAUUUGUAAUUCUAAACUUAUACAUAUCAUAAAAUGUAAACAGAAGCACAAAUAAAUAAUACAUAAAUUAAGAUACUUAAUAAAUUUAUAAGUUUAUUUUCUAAACUGCGCUUAUCAUUGUAUUUAUUCAACUACUUUAUGAAUUGGGACUGGCAUAUAUGUUUUUGAGUGUGUGGGAUGGACGAGUGGAAGAUUUAAUUAAGAAAACUUUGUAAAUAAACUUUAAAAUUAU